GGAAUGUUCUUUCUGACGCUGACGGCCGCCGCGGACAGCCUGCACCCGCCGGAGUGCGGCGUGGGCGAGACCUGCGAGAAGGCCACCUCGUACCAGUUCGCGGUGCUCUUCAUUGCCUUCGCGUUCCUGGUGCUGGGCUCGGCGGGGAUCCGCCCCUGCAGCAUGCCCUUCGGCGCCGACCAGUUCGACCCCAACACCGAGUCCGGCAAGCGCGGCAUCAACAGCUUCUUCAACUGGUACUACUUCACCUUCACCGCCGCCAUGAUGAUCUCGGCCACCGUCAUCAUCUACGUGCAGAGCAACCUGAGCUGGCCCAUCGGGCUCGGCAUCCCCACGGGCCUCAUGUUCCUCGCCUGCGUCCUCUUCUUCAUGGGCACCAAGCUCUACGUCCGGGUGACGCCGGAGGGGAGCCCCUUCACCAGCGUCGUGCAGGUGCUGGCGGCCGCCUUCAAGAAGCGGUCGCUGAAGCAGCCCAAGGACCCGAAGCAGGACCUGUUCAACCCGCCGCACACCAGCGCCAUCGUCACCAAGCUCGCGCACACGGACCAGUUCCGGUGCCUGGACAAGGCGGCCAUCGUGGCAUCGACGGAGGAGGUGCGCCCCGGUGGCGCCGCGCCGGCGGACCCCUGGAGGCUCUGCAGCGUGCAGCAGGUGGAGGAGGUGAAGUGCCUCAUCCGCAUCGCGCCGGUGUGGUCGACGGGGAUCAUCUACUACGUGGCCGUGGUGCAGCAGUCCACGUACGUGGUGCUCUCGGCGCUGCAGUCCGACCGCCACCUCGGCCGCGGCAGCUUCGAGAUCCCCGCCGCGUCCUUCACCGUCUUCGCCAUGCUCGCGCAGACGCUCUGGAUCCCGCUGUACGACCGCAUCCUGCUGCCUAAGCUCCGGAAGAUGACCGGCAAGGAGGAGGGGUUCACGCUGCUCCAGCGCCAGGGCAUCGGCAUCGCGCUCUCCACCGUGGCCAUGGUCAUCUCGGCCAUCGUCGAGGACAGGCGGCGCGCCAUCGCGCUGAGCCAGCCGACGCUGGGCAAGACCAUGAUGGGCGGCGACAUCUCGGCCAUGUCCAGCCUGUGGAUGGUGCCGCAGCUCAUGAUCCUGGGCCUGUCGGAGGCGUUCAACCUCAUCAGCCAGAUCGAGUUCUACUACAAGGAGAUCCCCGAGCACAUGCGGAGCGUGGCGGGGGCGCUGGCCUUCUGCAACCUGGCGCUCGGCAACUACCUCAGCGGGUUCCUGGUGACCAUCGUGCACCGGACGACGGGGUCCGGCCGCAACUGGCUGGCGCAGGACCUCAACAAGGGCCGCCUCGAUCUCUUCUACUGGACCAUCGCCGGCAUCGGCGUCUUCAACCUCAUCUACUUCCUCAUCUGCGCCAGGUGGUACAGGUUCAAGGGGGCCAGCAACUGAGCGCCCGGCCGAGGUGGUCAUCAUCUCACGAGUGCAGGCAUGAAGAAUGAGCUCUGAACUAUGUGGGGAUGGAAAUCUGUCUGGUUGCUUGGUUGGGUAAUUAUGUCAUGGCCUUGGGGGAGCAUGAGGAAAAAAAGGGGGGGUUAGUAUAAGGUCACGAUAAUUAAUUUGUGUUUACCAUAGUAGUUGUUUGAUAAUGCCUCUUUUUUUUGUUUAUUGUAUUUUAAUUUUGUUACUCGUGCUUCCAUUUGGAUCCAUAGGAUGAUGAAAGAGAAGAAAGAAACAAAAGAGUUGGUUUCUUGUAAGUGGUUAAACUGAAAUAUGAAUGGAUGUUAAGAUGAAAUGAAAGUUAAGCUCGAUUCCCAGCUUAUGAUUUCAA